CCCCGAUUGUUUGGAUAAUGACUUAUCCCACUACUUCUUACUUACCCUUUCUUUGCAUUGUCGUGGAUUUUGUAAUGAACGAAGAAAGAAAGAAGAAGAAGGUUUGCGUUCGAGUAAGUGGAAAUAUAUAGUAGUCUCGUUGAUUGAGGAUACACUUGGAAUUCGCAACGACCUCUGCAUAUGUUAUGUAUUCAGUGUAGAUCGAGGGAGAUCGUAUCGAUCGAUCGAUCUACCUUGUGUCAAUUUUCUGAAAAGCGGGAUUUCCACCUCCCAUUUUGUAUGCAAAAGCAUUGUGGGUGUCUGUACAACUUUGGAUCAAACAUGCGACGGUGCAAGGAUGAUCCAUCAUCAUUCUUUGACAGAAAAAGGAAUGCCCCGUUAUAUUUCCCCUUUUCGUUUCUACUCUGUAGUCGAUCGACUAAUUCAUCAAUAUUUCAAUUGGAUCGGGGAUCAAGUUGUAUCAAGAGGGCUCAAGUACACACAAAUUAGAGAGAAAGAGAAGGAAAAAAAAGAUGGGAACGAAGCAAAGCUCCAUCGAUUCCACGCUCUCCAUCUCCACUCCUACCCCGAAAGGAGAAAGAAAAAGUAA